GCUGCCCUCGCCAUGUCGGUGGCCGGGCUGAAGAAGCAGUUCCACAAGGCGACGCAGAAAGUGAGUGAGAAAGUAGGAGGUGCAGAAGGAACCAAGCUAGAUGAUGACUUCAAAGAAAUGGAAAGGAAAGUGGACGUUACCAGCAGAGCAGUUAUGGAAAUAAUGGCCAAGACUAUAGAAUAUCUUCAGCCCAAUCCAGCUUCCAGAGCUAAACUCAGCAUGAUCAACACUAUGUCAAAAAUUCGAGGACAGGAAAAGGGACCAGGUUAUCCUCAGGCUGAAGCCUUGCUGGCAGACGCGAUGCUGAAAUUUGGUCGAGAACUUGGAGAAGAAUGCAACUUUGGACCGGCACUUGCUGAUGUGGGAGAAGCUAUGAAGGAGCUUUCUGAGGUCAAAGACUCCUUAGACAUGGAAGUGAAACAAAACUUCAUUGACCCACUGCAGAAUCUGCAUGACAAAGAUCUGAGAGAAAUACAGCAUCACCUAAAGAAAAUGGAGGGUCGACGCCUGGAUUUUGAUUACAAAAAGAAAAGGCAGGGCAAACUCCCUGAUGAAGAACUUCGCCAAGCUCUGGAGAAAUUUGAUGAAUCCAAAGAGAUUGCUGAGUCAAGCAUGUUCAACCUUCUGGAGAUGGAUAUUGAACAAGUGAGCCAGCUUUCUGCUCUUGUACAAGCUCAACUGGAGUACCACAAGCAGGCCACGCAGAUCCUACAGCGAGUUACUUCUAAGCUGGAAGAGAGAAUAAAAGAGGCAUCAUCUCAGCCCAGGAGAGAAUACCAGCCCAAACCUCGUAUGAGCCUGGAUUUUACUACUGGUGAAAAUACUCAGCACAAUGGAGGGAUAUCCCAUGCCACAACACCCAAACCAUCAGGUGCUCAUAUGGAUCAGCCAUGCUGCCGAGCUCUUUAUGACUUUGAACCAGAAAAUGAAGGGGAGCUGGGAUUUAAAGAGGGUGAUAUCAUUACCCUCACUAACCAGAUUGAUGAAAAUUGGUAUGAAGGCAUGCUUAAUGGCCAGUCAGGUUUCUUCCCUAUCAAUUAUGUCGAUAUUCUAGUUCCUUUGCCCAAUUAGGAUGGCUGAUUCACCUUGUCUUUGAUCCAAAUAGUUGUGUUGGUACCACUGCUUUCAGAAUGCUGCUUCUUAACACUUCACAAGUGCGAAUUGCAGUGGUUAGAGUCAUCAAGUCCCACUGAGCAUCUUUGGUUUACGUGUUGUCAUACUACGUAGUGGUGAUGCGUGGUAUCUUCUGAGCCACCACAAGGUGGGUUAGCUCACGUGGCCACACCAGCCUGGUCGUAGCCAGAGCCAUUGCUGAUGUGAAACUGGAAAGAUGAUGGCAAACAGAACUUGGUGAUGUAGUAGAAAGUGAUGGCGAUAUUGGGAAGAUAAUGCCUAUCACCACUGUAUUACUUUUCAGUCUUAGUUCUCUGUAAAAAGAGGGAAAAGUUCUUGCCAUUCUUCUUGACGAUACAGUUCACACAGGUCUAGUAUUGCCUAAACAGCAUUAUGUCUUUUGGCCAAA